UACCCAAGUGGAUACUAUGGAGUAUGAACAUCACUUCCCACGAAAUUCCCACGCUUUUUACCUUUCUAUUCAAAUAACACAUGCCACUUAUAUAUCACCCAUCACCCUAAUUUCAAAACAUCAACACCCUCUCAAUAACCAAAAUUUCUCUCUCUCUCUCUCUCUCUCUCUCUCUACAUCUCUCUUGUUCAGUAUCCUUCACAUCCUUACCUUAUAUAUAACAUAUAAUAUGAGUGACUCAGAUACUCCCACUAACGUGCGCCGAGUUGUAGACCAGCCCAAUGUCCACCUACCUUCUCUCCCAUACCUUGACUUUCCUCCUCAUCCAUUUCUCUCCCUUGACCCCACUCUUCCUCCUCCUCCUUUUCCUCUUCCUCCUGCUCCUCCUCCUCCUCCACCUCCUCCUCCUUCAUCUUCUUCAACUUCUUCUGCUUUGAACCCUAAUUUACACCAUCUUCAACAUCAUCAUACUCAUCCAAACACUAAUUCCAUGGCUUCAAGCUCUUCCGGGAAACACUCUAGGUAUAAAGGAAUCCGCUGCAGGAGUGGCAAAUGGGUAUCGGAAAUCCGAGAACCCCGUAAAACCACCCGGAUAUGGCUGGGGACUUUCCCGACGCCGGAUAUGGCGGCCGUGGCUUACGACGUGGCUGCACUUGCUCUCAAAGGGAAUGAUGCGGUUCUCAACUUCCCUUCCUUGGUGGGGAAGUAUCCAGUUCCCGGUUCUUCUUCGGCCGCAGACAUUCGCAAAGCUGCGACUGCUGCGGCCGCUGCCAAAAUGGCGGAUUGGAGAGAAGGGAUGGGAGGCAAUUCGGAGCCGUCGUCUAAGAAGGAUGAUGGUACGUUAUCUGGCGAUCGUUUGUCGUUGUCCGGAGGAGAAUUUGUGGAUGAGGAAGAGCUGUUUGGUAUGCCUAAUUUGCUGGUGGAUAUGGCUGAAGGAAUGCUGGUUUCUCCGCCCAGAAUGAGCUCCUCCGAUGACUCGCCGGGAAAUUAUUCGGAUGGAGUUGAAAGUUUAUGGAACUACUCUUGAUUAUGAUAACAUUUUUUUUUUUUGACGAAACUUAACAAACAUAAAAUAUAUAUUUAUAUAUAUAUAUAUAUAUAU